CGGACGUUCACUGGGGUGUAUGAUAUGAAGCUCGUCGCUAUCGAAUAAAUUCCGAGUAGUGUUUGUUGCGAAUUGUAUUAAGGAGGAAAAUCGUUGCAAGCCGUUCAGGUAACUGGAGCACCGAGGCAUUCGAGUCGGAGCAGAGGCGGGCCAGAUGCCAGAUGCAGACAACUAGCAUGCUUGCGUAUCACGUUCGCGUUUUGCAACGGCGAAACAACGGGAACAGGAACAUUUUAAACACAUUCGGCCAAUGAGGGGCGCCCUCUACGUCACGUGAUACACUUUUGUGGCUAUGGUAGUUUCUAGUUUUCGUAAGCCUACUUUGCUCUGUAUUAUAUUGUUUACAUUUGUUUCUAAGGUGUGGUUAGUUAUUGUUUUGCGUUUUUUCUUUUAAGCUUUCUCCGCCGUCCUUAAGUACUAGGACUAUGAUCUCGGUGUGAGCGUUAUAAACGAAAAUCGAAGUCUGCCAAGAUUUGCGAUUGGCCAGAAGAUGGCCUCCGAAGCAGAGGUGUCCCAUUCCCCCGUGCUGCGUACAGUGGAAGUGGAGAGGGACGGCACCUCAGCGACCGAUGAGCUAACGGGCCAGAGCCUAGCCCAGGUUGGCCGCUACAUGUACCUGAAGCAGGACAGGCGGGAGUCUCUGAGCAGCGUGAGCAGCGACUCUGGCGAUGUGUCCAAUGGGCGUGAGCACCUCUGUGACGUGGAGGAGGAGAAUGUUGUCAUCGUCCCAGAGUACAACACUCCCAUCAUCGGCUAUGAAGUCAUGGAAGAGAGAGCAAGGUUCACGGUCUUCAAAAUCAGGGUGGAGCAUGUCGAGAGUGGUCGCUACUGGUUCGUCUUCAGGAGGUACACAGACUUUGGACGCCUCAGCAAAAAGUUGAAGCCCCUGUUCCCGGGACUCCAGCUCUCAUUGCCCCCAAAGCGCUGGUUCGGGAACAACUUUGACCCCAUGUUCCUUGAGGACCGGCUCCUGGGGCUUCAGGCGUUUGUCAAGAACAUCAUGGGUCACAGGGACAUCAGCAAAAGCUCUCCAGUGCGAGAGUUCUUCUGCUUGGACGAUCCUCCAGAACCCCUGGACACCAUUGAGGAAAGCAGGGCCCUGUGUGAAAAUCUCGAGGAGAAAGUGUAUCGGCUGAGCCAGCAGCUUCAAGAACGGGACACGGAAAUCGAAGUGUUGCGGGCAGAGUUGGAGUCCCUGCGCCUGCAGCAGGGCGUCCUCGUCAAAGCUCUCAAGCUCGAGUGCUCACUAGCCAGCUGGGCCAAUGCGCAACUCUCGAGAGACAGGCCCCAGUAUUCCUCGUCACACGCCUUUGGUCUGCACACCCUGAACCUCACCCUCUCUUCCAUGGCCGAUGGGUCAAAGGAAGAAUCUCAGCCGUCGCAAGAAGCAACCGACAGUGAAGCGAAUGCAGGGGGCGAUGAUAUGCGGUGAUCUGAAUGGUCGGCUUAGUUAGAUUUUGAUGCCUAGCGUGCCAUCACAUGGCUAGUGUCUGUCACCGGAUGGUCCUUGACACGGGGGCUUUUGGUGGAUACUAGAGGCAAUCUGAGUUUCUUUGGCACUUGCUCCAAGGGAUGUAAAGAAGCAGGGUCUGCUGUCUUUUGUUUGAGAUAUUUUUUUCUGUUAUGAUCACAUUGGUGACUCGUUAACACUGACCUUGUUAGUUUCAAUAGGCAUUCCUUGACCGCUGUUGUGCUAGGUAUUUUACUCAAAGAUAACUAAAUACUAUAGGAGUGAUUUAAUUAAGACUUGGUUUCCUGCUCUCUGUUGAGCAGCCAAGGCAGUUUAUAUUAACGGUUGAGGAGGAAUUGUUAAGCAAUUAAUUCCAUAACAAAUGGGAUUGGAAAGUAACCAAGUGGCCACGAAGCGACUGUGAGGGUAUGAGGGUCUCUAGUGUGGAUACUAAGUAUAGGAUGUAGAUCUGCAAUAAGAUGUGUUGGCCUGACCUUGUUGCAUCAAGUAUGGCUCGCAUCAAAGGAAGACAUUUCAUCUGGGCUGGCCCGUGCUGUUCAAAAAAUUGAGCAGUGGUAACUCCAGAGGUGGAAUUGAAUUCUCAGCUUGUUUUAGUUGUGUAAGCCAUCCCUGUUAAACCUUUUGAAUGAUUCGGGUGGUGUUUUGAUAUGGAAUCCUCUAUCUUGCCUGAUGGGCUUCCAAGCAGAUGUGCCUAGUCCCAGCUAUAGUAUUUCUGUGAAUAUGUUUCGUAGCAGUUUCUGUUUUCUGCUGCGAGUUUGGCAGUGAGCCGCACAACAGAAAUCAUGAAUGGUUGCAAUUGCAUAUUGGUGCACUGGUUAAACUUACUCCACAUAAGUGCUGAACAUUUGUGAGCACUUACAAACAUUUCCAAAGACCAGUUAGCAUAAUCAGACCCAGUUAGUGUUAUGACUUCAAAGGUAGGCAAACAUAAUUAUAUUGAUGCUAGUAACAUAUUAUGUAUGUAUGAAGUAUGUUGUGAAUAACCCUGAAAAUAUUUAGCAUGACUACGAGGGUCUUGCAAAGAACUGUGCGCGGUGGUUCAUGUCACUGUUGCAGCCAUUUACCAUGGUCACCAGCAAGAAAUGGAGGUCAAAGCGCGUGGCUGUGUUUUGUCCUUUUGCCAUCUGUGUGUGGGAGAGGGAAUACUUUGGUUUUCUUGUUAGCACACUGCCUCGGUCAGCUUUAGGAGGCACCCUUUGUCACCAGAAUGCCUUGUCCUCGUAACUGAGAAUUCUAGUUUCCAAUGUUGUAGUACCUUUUAUUGCCACUAUUUGUAUAAGCCCUAAAAAGCCAUAUUUAAUAUUUAAUGUCUCGGUACAAAAGUACAGCCCCCCCCCCCCCCCCCAAAAAAAAAAAAAUAAAGAAAUCGACUUUUUUUUAUUGCAAAAAUAAACUGCAUCGCCGAACGCUCAUCCUUCAGCCAAAUGUAGCGCUAGCAGUUCAAACCAGAUACCAAAGUUUCAGCACUAUCUGUUAGUGUUCAAAAGUUGCAAGUUAUUUUCUCUUCAAAUUUCAAUAGGAAAUAUGAGCCCAUUUUCAGGUACACGCCAUAGAGCUCCAUGUAUUUGAGAGCUCUGUUGGCUGCCAUUUUCCCAUUGAACAUUUAAGAAAAUCACUUGCAACUUAUGAAUAAAAUAACGGCUAGUGCUGAAGCUGGGCAUCUGGUGUGGACCGUUAGCGCUACAUCUGGGCAGAGAAUGAGCGUUCGGCAAUGCAUAGUUUAUUUUUGCGAUAAAAAAAAAAUGUGUAAAUUUUUUGGGGGGUACAUUUUGUACUUGCAUUUUGCCCUGCUAGUGUAGGAGAGCGAUAUUUGCUGCCAGGGCAGCCUAGAUACCAAGUCUCAGAUUAUUUUUUUUUUUUAGCUGUCAAGGUACAAAAUACAACAGCUCAACACUUUUGUAUUCUGUCCUCUUUGAAGUGAGGAGCAGUAAUAAUUAGUGUGUUUUGAAAAAAAAUGCUAUAUAUUUUUCAUUUUUUUUUACAAAUUUCCCUGUUGCAGUCAGGUUUCUUCCCUUACGUGGAGUAUUGGUUGAUGCAAGCACCAGGUAUAGCAGAUAGGGUGAAACUUAUCUGCCACAAUCUGUGACAACUCCUUUCAACAGAAUAAAGAAGUGCAUGAGUUGUCUGAA